AAGGCCUCAAUAGUUAACCUGUCACAACAUAGAUGUUUUCAUUGUUGGUCUAGAAGCGCUUUGAUGGUCCCUUAGAAGCGCUCAUUAUUAAUAUUUACUGGUGGUGACGUAAAAAGUUAUUGAUGGCAUAGUCUACGUGUUGACCACAAUAGAAAUCGCGCGCUAUGCCAAUCCGACGCUAUACGCCCCUGCGCUCCGGCUUGAUAUUGUAAAAUUCUGAAAAUACACAAGACAACACUCAGAUGUAUAAGAUAUGUGGUUAGUCAACUUUCUGCGUCCGUUUUUCUUUGCAUAUCGACAAUCAAUAGUUGUGCUCAAGUUUGUCGAGAUCUAAAGUUGGCAGACGGCGUUCAUUGAGCGCAUGCGCAUUGCAUCCACUAUCCAGCUCAAAAUAAGAGUUAAAACAGAAACGAGAUUGAUUGGCUGAUGGAUUGAUUGAUGUCAGUGCAAGGAGAGAUGACUGACACCCCACCCAGUGAUGGCCCCUCCCAGGGGUCGGAGUUUGACAUGAUUGGCGCUCUUGACUGGAAGGAUGGCAUUGCAACACUGCCAGGCAGCGACAUCAAGUUUCGUAUGACAGAAUUUGGGACUCUAGAGAUUGUGACAGAGCCAGAGGUCAAAGGACAGGAAGCCGGGCCAUCCCCCCAGAAGCCUGUCCAAUCGAAAAGCCCAACCCCUCCACCUGAAGCCCAAUUAGCGAGUAGCACAGCUGUCUCUGCAGCAAAGGAUGUCCAGUCACCUGUGCCUAAGGCUCAAGGCCCUGUACUUCUGUCUCUAGAGGAGAGUCCCACUGUUGAGGUGCCCAGUGUGGAGGUGGGCCCCAGUGUUGAGAUAGGGUCCAGCGCAGAGAUGGGCUUCACUGCAGAGGUGGUCCCCAGUACAGAGUUUGGCCCCAGUGUUGAGAUGGUUAGCUGUAGGUCAUGUGGGGGCUCAGGCCCAGAGAAGAGUUUCCUCCAGGGAAAAUAUUGCAGCUCCAUUUGUGCUCAGCCCUCCAGUGGCAGGUCAUCUCCCAGUGAGCAGAGGGAGAAAGAGGGACUUGGAAAACGAGUGAGGAAGAAGAGAAAGAUGUACAUGGACUCUGGUGAUGAAGAAGAGGACAACCAGGAGGAGGAAGAGGAGAAGGCCAAAGCUUUCAAAGGGCGGAGAGCUGCUAAGCUGGCCAGGCUGGUGACGGCCCCACCCAAUAAGAAGCGUCCCUGGAGCUGGCCCGCCUACCUGGAGGAGGAGAAAGCUAUAGCUGCACCUGUCAAGCUUUUUAAGGAGCACCAGUCAUUUCCUCAGAGCAGAAAUGCCUUCAAGGUGGGGAUGAAGUUGGAGGGAUUGGACCCGUGUCACCCCUCUCUGUUCUGUGUGCUCACCGUAGCUGAGAUCCAGGGUUAUAGGAUAAGGCUUCAUUUUGACGGCUAUCCAGAGUACUAUGACUUCUGGGUAAAUGCUGACACCUGGGAUGUGAAGCCUGCGGGCUGGUGUGAGAAGAUGGGACACAAACUGCUGCUGCCCAAAGGUUGUAAAGACGGAGAGUUCAACUGGGGCAUGUACGUGAAAAACUGCAGGGGACAGCUGGCCCCCAAACACCUCUUCAAGAGCCUGAACACGUCGGUGACUCCGUCUGGGUUCCGUGCGGGCAUGAAGCUGGAGGCGGUGGACAAGAAGAACCCCUAUCUGAUUUGCGUAGCAUCCAUCGCGGCUGUUGUGGACAACCGACUCCUCAUACACUUCGACAACUGGGAUGACACCUAUGACUACUGGUGCGAUGCCAGCAGCCCCUACAUCCAUCCUGUGGGCUACUGUGAGGAGGCUGAGCUGACCCUCACCACCCCUGCAGAGUAUAAGCAUCCAAAGAGAUUUUCCUGGGAGAAAUACAUGGAGGAGACUGGGACACAGGCAGCGCCGGCACGCGCCUUCAAACAGCGCCCCUGCCAUGGGUUUCAUGCUGGGAUGAAACUGGAAGCCGUGGAUAAGAGGAACCCCAUGCUCAUUCGUGUAGCAACGAUCGCCGAAGUGGAGGACCACCGGCUGAGGAUCCAUUUUGAUGGCUGGAGUGAGGAGUAUGACUACUGGGUGGACGCUGACAGCCCAGACCUGCACCCUACUGGCUGGUGUCAGAAGACUGGUCAUCCCUUACAACACCCGAACGGCUCCACCGAUAUGCCGGUCCUCCCAGGGCAGGGCUGUCCUACCCCAGGAUGCAAUGGGGUUGGCCACAUUAAAGGACCCCGCUAUGGAACCCACUACACGUUGGUGAGCUGUCCUUACUCUGAGAUGAACGUAAACAGGGAGGGUCUGGUACCGGACCGUCUGAGUGGAGAGCGACCUAUGACCCUGAGUGGGCCUCAUAACCGCGGGCGACGGCCAGACCCUCCGACACACGCUCAGACAAACCCCACCACCACCACCACCACAGUGGAACAGCCUGAGGCUGCAGCAGAUGACUCCCCUCAAACCAGUAGUGUAACCAAAGGGCCGGCGGUUGUCGAGGGUGAAAGAUCCGGGCGCAGCAGUCAGAGUGAACCACCGGGAGGCCCCACAGAGCCCAGCCACAAUGGAGCCAAAGCCAAGAAGUCUGCUCCGCUUCCCAAGUAUCUGAAGCAGCAAUUGGUCAAGCAAGAGAGUGGUGAUGGGAAAGACUGCCUGUCCCUCCAGCAGGCUCUCCAUGAAUCUGUUUUCUCACCAGGUGGCUCCUCCUCCCCCCCACAUAGGGUGGCCCUAUGCUGGGACAAACAUUGCCAGCUGCUCCCUGAGGUCCUGGGCCUCACCGCUAAGAGAGUGGCUACCUGGACCGCUGACGAGGUGGCCUGUUUUGUCAAAGGUCUCCAGGGCUGCAAAGAGCAUGCAGCAACUUUUAGGACAGAGCAAAUCGAUGGCGAGGCCUUCCUGCUUCUCACCCAAGCGGACAUAGUCAAGAUUCUGUCAAUCAAACUAGGCCCUGCCCUCAAGAUAUACAAUGCCAUCCUCAUGCUGAAGAAUGCUGAUGAGGAGUGAGACCGGCCCUCUCACUUCCUCCUAAACCCAACCGAUGCUGUAUCUCAAUGUAUAUACGUUCUAUCUCAACUCCUUUCCUUGCCUCCUCUCCUCAUGCCCGUCAUCUACACUGAUGGAAACCUGUUAGAUAGGUCAGAGGAAGGUGAUGUAAUCCCACCAAGAACCUGUUUUCACAUGUCUAGUUUGUCUCCAUUGGUGUACAUGAAUAGAGAAUUGACAAGAUUUACCAAUGGUGUCUGUCAGACAAUCUGAUUUGUGUGUUAUAUUGUAAAAUAGCAACAAUUAUUAUUUUACUUCGUUUUCUGAAUGAAUAAGAAAUGACCUGCAGGCACCUUUAAAGUGAAGGCUUCUUAAAAGUAUUAUAUUGAAAUGUAUAUAAUUUUAUCCUUUAAAUAAUCAGCAUUUAUUUAAAAUGUGGCGAAAUUGGGCUAAGCCCUGAGCAAAGGGAACAGGGUUAGUCGGUACAUGUUUUUACUUGAAUGUUUCUUAGGUUUUUUAGCUGCAAAAACAAUCUUGAGGUGAAAUGAAAAGAACCAUGUAGUUCUACUUCUCUCCAGCUGAUGGAGUCAGGUUACUACAGCUCUGAGCUUGAGGAGGUUGGUAUGAACCAGGGAUUGGGUGGAUGGAGGAGUGAAUCUGUGCACCUGUGUUCAUCAGAUUAAUUUGUUGCUUUGACAAGGCUAAAGGGCUAAUGUAGCUUUGGGAACUUUAGUCAAUAGAACUCAACAGAAGAGAUCUUUUUCUAUGUUAUUGCUUUGGAAGUAAUGUUUAAAUACGAAUGCGAUUUGAAUGUAAAAAAAAUUACGAAUUGCUUAAUUUGGUGGCUUGUGUAAAUAGUGUAUUAUAGCUCUGGGGUUGUUAUACACCCUGUGUCUUUAUGAUAAGUUGUUCCUUGGCGGCUUAUGCAAAUCAAUUCAAAUAUUUUCCAGGAAAUGAAAAAUCUUCAUUGCCUGAAUUCAUUUUGUAAAAAUGUUGUGAAUACUUUUUCUUUGUCAAUGGCAGUAUAUUGCAAAUAGCUUGUGUACAUGGACAAUAUUGUUUUUAUUCUAAAACCGGUAUUUAUGUAUUUUUAAUUUAAGGGAUAAGUUCUGUUGACUUAUGAGAUGGUGUUGUAAAGGUAUCUGUUGGCUUGUGUUUGCUAGAGUGUGUAUGAUUGGAAUGGAAUAAAUGAAAUACAGAGUU